UCUAGGGUCCUGACCGCCGCCAUUCGAAGUCCUCAGCGCCCGAGGCUGUCCCUCGUCCGCUCCGCCCCUGUCCCCGAGCCGCGGCCCCCGCCUCCGCGCCGCUUCUCCGCCCCUCUGGCCGCUGGGAGCCGCGCGCGGGCCCGCGGAGAACAUGUCCUGACUGAGGCGGGAGGGCGGAGGCGGCAGCAGCGGGGUGGGCGGCGGCGCCGAGGGAGGCGGAGAGGGGCCGGGCUCGGCUCGUCGCCGCGGGCCGUGCGGGAGUCGCCGCCGCCGCCGCCGCGGCCGCCGGGCGCCGCGCAUCAGACGGGGAGGAGGAGCCACGGCCGCCAGGAAUAGCUAUUCACAGUCAGACAGAACCACUUACACGUUUUGCAGUAUCUCCUGAGGAAGUCAGAGUCUGAGCCAGCAUGAAGAUUGACUCUUGUCUUUGGUCUGAUUUAUCUUUAUUGUAACCAUGUGCAAGGUGGAGGUUAUAGCAUGGAAACUAAAAUCUUACUUCCUGCCUGACAUAACUCACUUCAAGAAGUACACAAUGUCAGAACAUGGGAUUAAGUGGGCCUGUGAAUAUUGUACGUAUGAAAAUUGGCCGUCUGCAAUCAAGUGUACUAUGUGUCGUGCCCAGAGACCCAGUGGAACAAUUAUUACAGAAGAUCCAUUUAAAAGUGGUUCAAGUGAUGUUGGUAGAGAUUGGGAUCCUUCCAGUACUGAAGGUGGAAGUAGUCCUUUGAUAUGUCCAGACUCUAGUGCAAGACCAAGGGUUAAGUCUUCAUACAGCAUGGAGAAUGCAAAUAAAUGGUCAUGCCACAUGUGUACAUAUUUGAACUGGCCAAGAGCAAUCAGAUGUACCCAGUGCUUAUCCCAACGUAGGACCAGGAGUCCCACAGAAUCUCCUCAAUCCUCAGGAUCUGGUUCAAGACCAGUUGCUUUUUCUGUUGAUCCCUGUGAAGAAUAUAAUGAUAGAAAUAAACUGAAUACAAGGACCCAGCAUUGGACUUGUUCUGUUUGCACAUAUGAAAACUGGGCUAAGGCUAAAAAAUGUGUUGUUUGUGAUCAUCCCAGACCUAAUAACAUUGAAGCAAUAGAGUUGGCAGAGACUGAAGAAGCUUCUUCAAUAAUAAAUGAACAAGACAGAGCUCGGUGGCGGGGAAGCUGCAGUAGUGGUAAUAGCCAAAGAAGAUCGCCUCCAACUACAAAACGGGACUCUGAAGUGAAAAUGGAUUUUCAGAGGAUUGAAUUGGCUGGUGCUGUUGGUAGCAAGGAGGAACUUGAAGUGGAUUUUAAAAAGCUAAAGCAGAUUAAAAAUAGGAUGAAAAAGACUGAUUGGCUAUUCCUCAAUGCCUGUGUGGGGGUGGUGGAAGGUGAUUUAGCAGCCAUAGAAUCAUACAAGUCAUCAGGAGGAGACAUUGCACGUCAGCUCACUGCAGAUGAAGUACGUUUGCUGAACCGUCCUUCUGCUUUUGACGUUGGCUACACUCUGGUACACCUGGCCAUACGCUUUCAGAGGCAGGAUAUGUUAGCAAUAUUACUUACAGAGGUGUCUCAACAAGCAGCAAAAUGUAUUCCAGCAAUGGUGUGUCCUGAACUGACAGAACAAAUCCGGAGAGAAAUAGCUGCUUCUCUUCACCAGAGAAAGGGAGAUUUUGCUUGCUAUUUUCUGACUGACCUUGUAACAUUUACAUUGCCCGCAGAUAUUGAAGAUUUGCCUCCAACAGUUCAAGAAAAAUUAUUUGAUGAGGUGCUUGAUAGAGAUGUUCAAAAAGAGCUAGAGGAAGAAUCUCCAAUUAUAAACUGGUCUUUGGAGUUGGCUACACGUUUGGACAGUCGAUUGUAUGCACUUUGGAACCGGACUGCCGGAGAUUGUUUACUUGACUCAGUACUACAAGCUACCUGGGGCAUUUAUGACAAAGACUCGGUGCUUCGGAAAGCCCUGCAUGACAGCCUGCAUGAUUGUUCACAUUGGUUUUACACACGCUGGAAAGACUGGGAAUCGUGGUAUUCCCAGAGCUUCGGUUUACAUUUUUCACUGAGGGAAGAACAAUGGCAAGAAGACUGGGCAUUUAUACUCUCUCUAGCUAGUCAGCCCGGAGCAAGUUUGGAACAGACACACAUUUUUGUACUCGCACAUAUUCUUAGACGACCAAUUAUAGUUUAUGGAGUAAAAUACUAUAAGAGUUUCCGGGGAGAAACUUUAGGAUAUACUCGGUUUCAAGGAGUUUAUCUGCCUUUGUUGUGGGAACAGAGUUUUUGUUGGAAAAGUCCAAUUGCUCUGGGCUAUACAAGGGGCCACUUCUCUGCUUUGGUUGCCAUGGAGAAUGAUGGGUAUGGCAACCGAGGUGCUGGUGCUAAUCUCAACACAGAUGAUGAUGUCACCAUCACAUUUCUGCCUCUGGUUGACAGCGAGAGGAAGCUUCUUCAUGUGCACUUCCUUUCUGCUCAGGAGCUAGGUAAUGAGGAGCAGCAAGAAAAACUGCUCAGAGAAUGGUUGGACUGCUGUGUGACUGAGGGGGGAGUUCUAGUGGCUAUGCAGAAAAGCUCUCGGAGGAGAAAUCACCCGUUGGUCACACAAAUGGUAGAAAAAUGGCUUGAUCGCUACAGACAGAUCCGGCCUUGUACAUCCCUGUCUGAUGGAGAGGAAGAUGAGGAUGAGGAGGAUGAAUGAAAAGAAACACGCCUAAGGAGCAAAAAGACCAAGACCAUCUCAGAUAUGAGAUGUUUCCAAAAUUAGUGUGGUAUUCUGAGCAGAAUAUACAGCAUGGAGUGAGCCACACCCUGCAGGAUCUGCUCCCCAGUAUCUUUCUGCUCAACACCCACUGGAGAUAACAAGUGCAUCUGCAUGAGAUGGAGAACUUUGGUAGAACUACAGUUUGUUUUACAAACAAAAAAAACCCCUCACCAAACCCUAAUUUUAUUGACAGAACUUUUUCUUUCAAAUUGUAAAUCUGUCUAUGAAUGUAAAGCAUGUGGUUGUGUAAGAAGUCAUGUACUAGGAAAAGUGCACCAGCAUCUUCAUGUUACUGAGAACAUUUCCCCAGCAUGGGCACUCAUAAAAAGCACAUGGCAGAUAACCUUGUUGAAAUAUUCUCAUUAGAACCUGGCAUCCUGCUCCCACCGUAAAAGACCCGUUUUCCAUUGUUUCAGAGAUUUGGAAACUUUGUACAAAUUAUCCACGGCAAGAUAAAAAUAAACAAGCCUUUAUUUUUAUUAAUAAUUUAGUUCCUAUUGUGCCCAAUAAAAUAAAAAUCAAAUCCUUAGGAACAAACUGCAAGAAAAACUAGCAAUUUUUUGAGUGAACUUUUACAUAGAAAUUGUCUUGUUUUGGUUUCUCUUUAAGUUUCCUGAUUUACCCCAUUCGUUAUUUAAAUAUUUAUUUAUUUGGAUGAGUGCCCUGUAAAGGGGGUUCUUACUAGACUCUGGGCAGGUGCGUUUGUGCACUUAUUCCCUGGAGGGAUGGAACAGAAGCAGGCUCAACUUGCCACUGGGUGUCCAAUUGUGUGGACUCAAACCUGUUCUGCUCCCAGGUGGCCAUGCAGAGGGUCUUCAGAAUUGUCCUGUCUUUACUGUCACCUCUGCUCUAAAGCAAAAGCUGUAUAAGGGCAUACCUUUGCUCAGGCUGAUUGGGAAUGCAGUUCACUACAAACAGAAUAAAGAUUUUUUUAAAUGCAGUAAGGUGGUCAAUGCAUUGAAUCAUCAAUUUCUCUGUGUAGUUCAAGACUUUUUGCAUGUUGGUUAGUUGUAGCCAUUAUUUAAACUUAAAACUAUAAUCUUAGAAAAACUUUAUGGACUUAUUUGACCACUUCAGGUAUGUAUUAGUACUGGGUAAAUAUUUUUGACCUAUCUCAGGAUCACGGCACAUAGUGUCCUGCUAAGCACUUAAGACUGACGUGGCAAGCAGUUGCUGCAAUAGCGAAUACACACACUUCCUCUUUUCCUCCCCUUUAUUGAAAAGGCUGUGAAACCUUUUAAUCUUGUUUUCUGAUGAGAUGGUAUUGAAGUAUACACAACCUUCAGUUUGCUGGAAUUCUAAAAAAAGUACCUAUAAGCUGUUAUGUCUUUAGU